CCUAACGUUCUAUUUAUUAUUGUUUCGUAUCCAAUAAUUGGUGUAAAUUACACAAAUAAUUAGAUCGAUGUAAACAAGACAAGUUCCUACGUUACAAUAGAACUUCCAUUGACAGUGUAGGAUAGUCAAAUAUUAGUUUAAUUCGUUCAAAAUCGUGAUGUUUUUAGAUUUAUAACAACAAAAACAUUUGAAAUGCUCCCCAUAGUGAUGUACAACAUGGAAGGGAGUUCGAAUAGUGUUCCAAAUUCGAAUUUUAGUUUGUAUGACGAGAACGUUAUACUUAAUUGCGUACGUAAUCGGAAAAAAGUGUCGGAACUACCGAACUGCCCGGUAUGUAGCUGUACUGUAAGGCAGGGAGAGUUGGAGAGUCAUUUGUCGUUAGAAGUUGAACGAUUAAACAAACUUUCUACCGGUGGUUCCAAAAGAAAGCUCAGUGUUAAUAGCCCAGGCAGCUCGAACCCAGUACCGGGUUCGUCUAGUUCUAGUGUCGAAAUACAAGAAGACGUGGAUGUCACAGGCUGUUUGGGAAGCGAUGUUUACCAGAGGGUACACACAAAUCGUAUGAAACGUCUCCGUGCUCGCCGCAGGAGCUCCCCUCCUCCACAAGCACAGCAGGGAGAGUGUCCAGUCUGUAAUGCCUCACUGCCUGUGUCAAGGUUACAGAGACAUGCGCUACGCUGUUUGAAGAGAACGGGCGCAGAGAUGGAUGAAGAUGUACCUGACACCAGCUCCGAAGAAGGCAGCAUAGAUGUUGAGAACGACGAGCCGCGCGGCUUCGGCGCCGAGUACCAGUGGUGCGGGCAAUGGCGCGUACGGGCCACGGCUUUGCAAGACGGGGAGUCAAGGCCAGGCACGUGUGUCAGACGCGCCUCUACCGAUCACGCACUCGUGGUUGAUGGUGACGAGGACACGGAACUGUACGGACCAGCUCAGUACUCCCCAUCUAGGAUAGCACACGAUGCAGAAAUACCAGUAGAUAUACAAAACGACGAGACUGAGAGGAGAGGUGACACUGACAACGAGGUGCACCACUGUGACGUCAAACCAAACGGAUUGGUGGAAGCCAGUGCGGAGACAAGAAUACAAGCGCUGAAGUCGAAGAUUAAGGAUUUGGAAAGGAAGCAGAAUUCAUCGUUAGAGGCCAAAUGUUUGAUAUGCCUCGGUCCGUACACCUCACCAGCUGUUUCCAUACAAUGUUGGCAUGUUUAUUGCGAGGUAUGCUGGCUCCAAUCGCUGCGUGCUAAGAAAAUCUGCCCGCAGUGCAAUGCUAUCACCACAGCCGAACACUUGCGUAGGAUAUAUAUGUGAACUAUUAAGUUGGUUAAAAUGUUGAGAAGAAAACAAGUUAGUUUGGUUUUUUUUUUGUCGGUGGGAGGUCCCCCCUUUGGGGGGUUUCUCAGACACGUAGGAAAUGUAGAGAUGAUAGGUGUAAUGCACUGCAAGCACCAUUCACUUGCUCAGGAUAAACAUGAAAAAUAUGGUUUAUUUUUGGGAACUGAAGAGCCUUACGGGGUUUCUCAGACACAAAAUAUACACAUUAUGUAAACAAAGUAGGUAACAAGAAAAAGUUAUAUUGAUUUAUCUUUGUUUUUGAGUCUUAAGAUAUAUAAAUGUAGAUUUGAUUGCUGUUAAUUAUAUGGGUAAUCUAAAAAAAAAAAAAUUUGGUUUACUUUGGGGAGGUCUGAAAGAACCACUGGGAGGUUUCUCUGAAACGGUAAAUGUAAAAUAAUAGGUGGAAUGUGCCUCUCCCGUUACACGCUUGCGCAGAAUAUCAAUUUAUUUUUGUCUAUUUUUGUAAAUGGGAGAUCCGAAAGACCCACUGGGAGGUAUAUAGACAUGAUAUAUAAUAUUAUGCGAUUGCAUAAUAUUACCACUUACUUGCGCAGAAUAUUGAUGUUAAUUAAAUUAAUGAUUUUGGUUUCUUUAUCUGAAAUCAGACUGACCUCCCGCUGGGUUUUUAGACACAUGGAAAUGUAGACAAUAAUGCACUGCCAUCGCUACUCAGUUGCCUUUAUUUUUUUUAAUAAUGGGAGGUGUGAAAGACGAUAUAGGGGGUUUCUGAGACACAUAGCAAAUUGCGGUGAGAUUAUUGUGAACUUAUAGGUAUAAGGGUUAUAUUAUAUAAGUUGGUUUUAUGUUUUCGGAGGUCGGAAGGACCGCCUAGGGCCUUUUCAGAAAUCUGAACAUGAUAGGGUUAAUAUUUAAUUUGGCACCAUUGCAACU